AUGCUUUCGCAUGGCGCUUGGCUUAGCCCUUUUUGGGCAGAUCUUGGAGUUGGGCAGAUCUCUGAUGUCACCAUUUUUGGUAGGUACACCCCUUUACACCCCUUCCCAGCAUUUCUGGCCUUCCCCUUCUCGACCCGUCUAGCCCUUUACACCCCUUCCCGGCUUCUCAUCUCCAUUUCUGGCCUUUCCCCCCUUCUUGACCUGUCUAGCCCAUCAAUUUGA